CACCUAAAUUUUACUGGAAGCAGCCAGACGCCUGCCCCUAAACUACUUCCGCGUGCCCUAGGCCCUCGCGCGCUCACUCUCGCUCGAAGCUCCUCGCCGGCGAACGCUGCACCGCCGACGCUCUCCUCCGUGCCGAGACUCCCGUCCAAGGCUUCCUUGGCGCAGACGCUCGGCCGUUCUUUUCGUUGCCUUCUUAGCACGCACGGGCUGUUCGGUCCUUGCCGGAGGCGUCUUGCAGGCCUUCCUCGACGCCGGCGUCGAGCUCUCGCAGGCCUUAGCCUUCUCUCAAGCGAAGCCUUCGUGGGAUCCCUGAUCCUUCGCGUCACCUUCAACGCUAGCGACCGCAGCCCCCUUUCUUCGGCUUUCUCUCCUCCCAGCGAAGCCUACUCCGACGUGCGGACCUCAAGCCGGCGUUCCACAGCCGGCUGUCACCUCCUUCGCACGCAGAACCUAGGACAGAGAUUAUCCCCUCUCCCCUACAAUUUUCUUUUACGCCCCCAACAAGCUCCUCCUCCCAACCGCGUCGUGGGCCCCUUAUUCCCCGGUGGUCGGAAACCUCGCCGGAGUGCCUUAGAAUCGACGGACAGAGACGAUACCGUAGUGCGGAAAAGCGUGAAAGUCUUCUCUCUUUUCGGGGAGAGCUUCUCCCGAACUUCUCCGGACGACGAACAACCAACUCGUCGGAAGUUUGUUAACUCCAAUAUGAUCAGUUAUUGGACUGCUAAGAGAUCAAUUAAAUUCCUCCUAGAUGCAAGUGUUUGUGGGAACCUUAGACAUAGUUACGCUACAUGGGCAUGUAGAGGAAACAGACUCGUUCAACCGAGAGAUUUUCUCGCUCCUUUUUCUUUGAAUUCAGCCACUAUUAGAUGGUUUUCUUUAGAAGUUUCUGCUUCAGAGCAGAUGAAUCUUAUUAAACAGCUGAGGGAGAGGACAAGUGCUCCAAUCAAACAUGUAAAAUCUGCUCUUAUUGAUUGCAAAUGGGAUAUUGAGGCUGCACAAAAGGACCUACGAAAAAGAGGAGUGGUUCUUGCUUCAAAAAAGUCAUCUAGGAUUGCUGCUGAGGGUUUCGUGGCAGUGGCAGAAUCUGAUAACAGGGCCGCCAUUAUUGAGCUUAAUUGUGAGACAGAUUUCGUUGCUAGGAAUGAUGUAUUUCAACACUUGGCUUUGACUUUGGCUAGAACUGCUCUAUCAUCUAUUGGUCCUCCACAAGAGGGUCAAGAAGCGGCCUUUCAUUUUGGUUCUGAAUACCUACAGGACAUGAAUAUUGAUUUAAGUCAUCCAAAAAUUUCGGGGGAAACUACAGUGCAAAGCGCAAUCACAGAAGUUGCUGCUAUGGUUGGUGAGAAUGUAAAGUUUAGAAGAGGAUAUGCAAUGUCUACUUUUUCACAUGGGGUUGUUUGCUCCUACCUUCAUUCUUGCCCUCAACCAGGUUUGGGUCGUAUCGCUGGAAUGCUUACUAUUGAAGCUGAAGAUAACAGUGCUUCAUUAGAGCCUCUUAGAAAGGUCGGUUCCUCAUUAGCGAUGCACGUUGUGGCCGCGAAGCCAUUGUUCUUAGCGAGAGAAAAUGUUUCUUCUGAAGCAAUAGAAAAUGAACGAGACAUUCUUAAAUCUCUGGCCGAAAGCUCUGGAAAGUCCCAAAUUGCUAUGGAAAAGAUGGUGGAAGGCCGUCUCCGAAAAUACUUUGAAGAGGUAGUGUUGUUGGAGCAAAAGUUUGUUAUGAAUGAUGGUAUUAACAUUAAGUCUUUGCUCAGUGAUCUAUCAAAAGAAGUUGGAUCAUCAGUGAAGAUUGGCAGUUUUCUGAGAAUUGAAGUUGGUGAGGGUAUUCAAAGGGUUGAAGCUUCUGAUUCAGCUAACACUGCCGCUCAUGCAGCAUGAUUACCGAAGAGCUUUCUUUGAUGAGAAAAUCUAUGUUAGUAGGAUGCAAUGUGCUUAAUUUUUUUUUUUUUUUUUUUGCAAAUAUUUAUU